CACACACACACGGAGCAGCUCGAGACCCAGUGGAGACGCUGCUGACGCUCAGCUCGCUCCACCGACAACACCAAGUCACGUUCUGUUCUUCUCUGGCGGAACCGGAGAUCGAAAGCCCUUUAGGAUUAUAUCUAUCGCGUAUGAUAUGUGGAGCUGAACGACCGGUCGUGACGGACGACGCGAGGGGAAAUAUUAAAAAAAAGACCGAAAGGGAGAAAAGAAAAGGUGGUGUCCUCCCAUCAGAAACACACUGAGACCAGCUUGACAGCACAAGACGGAAGGAGGGAGCGAGAGAGAGAGAGAGAGAGAGAGAGAGAGAGAGAGAGAGGGAGCGAGAGAGAGAGAGAGAGAGAGAGAGAGAGAGGGAGCGAGAGAGAGAGAGAGAGAGAGAGAGAGAGAGAGAGAGAGAGAGAGAGAGAGAGAGAGAGAGAGAGAGAGAGAGAGAGAGAGAGAGAGAGGGAGCGAGAGAGAGAGAGGGAGCGAGAGAGAGAGAGAGAGAGAGAGGGAGCGAGAGAGAGAGAGAGAGAGAGAGAGAGAGAGAGAGAGAGUCGACAUCUGUGAAUCACAUCAAGGCAGCUGUGGUUAGAGUGUACUGCAGUUAUUUUACGAAUGAGAGGCAGAGAGGGGGACUGAAGUGGAGAGAAGGAGAGAGAAGGACAAAAAGAGGGGGGGCCUGGGUGAGUUUCCAAGCCUAGGACGGUGAACCCUGAUCGGGGGGGUCUUUCAGGCGACAGUGGGGUUAGACCAGGCCCCUGGAGUUCCUUUGGAGAGAUGAGGACCUCUGAGAAGACAGUGUUUAGACACAGGUGAAAAUCAAAUGAAUCCUGACUAAUGGAUCCUGUGAUUACAACAUGGAUUGACCUUUUCUUCUUCUCAUCUGAAGGGAUAUUUUCGUUUUUUUAUGUGGACGUUUUUCUGUGUGGAAAUUUUUUUCUAAAUUAAUUUGGAGUUUCAAGUCUUUCUGGUGUGGAUUUUAAGGAGGCUGUUUAGUUGACUCUGUGGAUCUGAAACUGCCCCACUCCUCUGAAGGGAUCUAAACAAUAACUAUUUUGGCCUUGGAUUUCUUUCACAUAUCAUUUUUUGCUGGAGUUUUGUGUUUUUUUCCAAUAUGUUUUUUUCAUGCAGUAAUUGAGACUGCUUUGUAACCUUGGUAACCAAGCGGUAACUGAGCGGUAACCAUGGCAGCAGCCUAUCGCGUGGUAGUGAGCAGUGUUAGUUGCUACAGCAGCGUGGUGGUGGACCGUCGGGCUCAGAGUCACGCGGUGCACUACUGCUCCGGGUCAUGUGGGGCGCUGUCCCAGGGACUGGACUGUACUGUUGCCCAUCGCAGCACCUGCUCCGAGCUGCUGACCGCCCCCUCACACACACACGCUCACACACACCCCGACCCCUCACACACAUUCACACACAAGCUGACCCGAAACGCGAACUCUCCUCACCAAAUCCCCAACAGCUGUAAAUUUAGUAUCACCAGCUCUAUCGGGAGUUUUGGUGUUCCUAAUGAUCCUAACAGUGUGUAUGGUGUGGUGGGGGAGGACAGUCCUCCAUGGCGAGGUAAGAAGGCCAACACUACCACCACUACUACCAGCUCUGGUCCUGACCGGCCUCUCCAGAGCUCUGCCAGUCUGAAGGACAUCACAGGAGAAGCCAUCAACCUGGCCAGUGGCAAACUCAAAGAGUUCUCCUUCGAGAAGCUCCGCCUCUCCACCAGUCAUGUGACCUUCAGGAAAGGUCGCAAGGUCAGGCCGGACUCCUACAGCCGUCGGUCCACGGACCUCGACAUCGUCUACGGACACUUCACUGGGAACUUCGGAGGAACGGGGAAUGGGACUAUUACCGGAAAUGGAAAUGCCAAUGAUGAGAACCUGCCUCCUUUCAGCGACACCACCAAGGUGCUCAAAGGCCUAUCGCCUGCUAGCAUCACCGCCGGGGGCGGGUCUCUAUCCACAACCAGCCUAUCCAGUGUCUCUAGGGCCGGGGGCGGGUCCACCAGUAGCCUAUCCAGCGCCUGCUCUGGUUCCUUGGAGGCGGGGCUAAACACAGUGGCGUCUCUCUACCUCAGCUCAUUAGCCGACGAGUCCCUCAUCGCCCGGUUACUGGAGAAGACCCGUGCAGGGGAGGAGGGAGGAGUGGGAGGAGCAGGGGGGGAAGACAUACGGGCCUGUCUGGACAUUCUGGUCAAGUGUUCAGAGGACUUGAAGAAAUGUACUGACAUCAUCAAGCAGUGUAUCAGUAGGAAGAGUCCCGGGGGAGGGGAGGAUGGGGGAGCCAGUCCAGAGAGCAUCUACAGAGCUGUGAUGACCAGACUGAGCUCCUAUCUGAGGAAACUGCCUCUAGAGCUGGAGGGGGCUGGGUUAGGGUUAGGGGCUGGAGGUCAAGGGUCAGGGAUUGGAGGUAAUAGCGAGUUGGCCGAGCUGGUUAGUAGUCUCCAUAUGCUGCAGCAAGCUGCUGUCCCCUUCUCACCCAUAUUUGGGAAUGAUCAACCGCCACGGUAUGAGGACGUUGUUCAGAACCCUCCCUUACCCAAGAGCAGGGAUAUACUGCCACCCUCGUCACUCGCUCCAGACUCUUCUCUCUCUUUGUCCACUACGCCUGAGACAGCAGGGAGACAUAAGCUUCAGACCAACGGGAUGCAGCACACACACACUCUGUCACACACACACUCUCCCUCACCGCACACACACACGUUGUCCGUUUCUACCCCUCCAUCCCAGGCACACACACCUUCAUCGCAAACACACACUCCGUCAGCGCGCACACACACUCCGUCCAUCUCCCCCAUGGAGGCUCUCUUCAUUGAGGAGGACGCAGACCUGGGAAGGGGGCUGAACAGGGCUUCCAGACACACACACUCACACACACCGACCAGAAGCCUCACACACACUCACAGUCGGAACGGGACAGCUUUUAGUCCACACACACCCCCCAGCUCCGCGCACACACACCUCAGCCCCAAUCUGUCACACGUACACGUUACACACACACUCCAGUCUGCUGGUGAAGACCUCACCUGCCCCCCAACCUCCGAACACACCCCUCCUGUCACUCAUAGAGACGACGACAUCGACAGGCUUCUGAUGGACUUGGAGUGUCUGUCGCAGAGCAUGGGUCGGGAGAGAGACCGAGUCAGAGAGGGAGAGAGAGAAAGAGAGGCAGAGCCCCCUCUCCCCAUUAAGACCAGACAGAGGGGGACAGAACAGGGGAACACCUCCACACAAACGCAACCCUCUCUCCAGAAACAAACCCAAAUCAACCCCCAGGCUCAAAGGCCUGUUCCUGUUAGUCACCUAACUGCUAACGCCCAGGCCACUAGGUCGACCCCCAGCUCCCCUGCUCCUCUUCUCCAGGCAGAGGGCAGCGUGGUGGGGCUGGGAGAUGAGGAGGACAGGGCCCUGCUGCUGAGGAUCCUGGAGAGCAUUGAGAGCUUUGCCCAGGAGCUGGUGGACUCUGGGGGUAGUCCUGGGAACACUGGGAAGACUGGGGCUCAGAGCAAAGAGAAGGAGGUGAUGAGACUCCUACAGGACACUCUGGCUACUGCAGCCAAGACUGACACUCUGACGCAGGCCAAACUACCUGGAUCUCCACCCGCUGGGCAAGAUGUAUCCACGCCUGCACCCAGACCUACAUCUGGUGCUGUAUCCACGCCUGCACCCAGACCUACAUCUGGUGCUGUAUCCACGCCUGCACCCAGACCUACAUCUGGUGCUGUAUCCACGCCUGCACCCAGACCUACAUCUGGUGCUGUAUCCACGCCUGCACCCAGACCUACAUCUGGUGCUGUAUCCACGCCUGCACCCAGACCUACAUCUGGUGCUGUAUCCACGCCUGCACCCAGACCUACAUCUGGUGCUGUAGCCACACCUGCACCCAGACCUACAUCUGGUGCUGUAUCCACGCCUGCACCCAGACCUACAUCUGGUGCUGUAUCCACGCCUGCACCCAGACCUACAUCUGGUGCUGUAUCCACGCCUGCACCCAGACCUACAUCUGGUGCUGUAUCCACGCCUGCACCCAGACCUACAUCUGGUGCUGUAUCCACACCUGCACCCAGACUUACAGCUGGAGCUGUUCCUACAGCUCUACCUGUCUCUUCAGCUCCCACACCUGUCCCUGUUCCUGUCCCUGUCCCCACAACCCUAGCAGAGUCUGUCGCUACAGACCAUGCUACACCUUCUGCCCUACCCACACCUGUUCCACCCCCUACAGUCGUACCCACACCUGUUCCACCCCCUACAGUCGUACGCACACCUGUUCCACCCCCUACAGUCGUACCCACACCUUCAGAAGCAGCCGCUAGACGUGAACAUCCUCCUGUAGCUGACCUGACAGUGGUACUUACCACCACGGCCACCCCUCCACCGGCUGUAACCCCUGUCCCGCCCCCUACACCCACACCUGGAGAGGCACCUGUUGCAACCAUCGCUGCUCCUCCUGUUGCCGUGAGACACCCGAUUGCCCCUAGCGAUGUGGUUGCCCUGAGAGACAUCGGCUCGACGCUGCUCAUCCAGCAGACGCCCGAGGUGAUCAGAGUCCAGUCCAACAAGCAAGAUAAGAAAUCUGGCACCCCUCCUCCAGCCCCUCUCCCCACCCCCUCCGUUCCCCCCCACCGCUCCCCCUCUCCUCCCCCCACUCCAGUCGUCCUCCCCCUCCUCCUCCCACCUCCCCACCUCCCCUGCCCUGAACAUUCCCGCUUCUACUACCCUCGAGGGUUACCGGGGGCAACAAAAGUUAACCACGAUGCGGCCAUCACUGCCAUAGAAACAGCCUUCACAGAGUUUGAGGAGGAGAAGGCUGAUAUUUACGAGAUGGGCAAGAUCGCUAAGGCAUGCGGCUGUCCUCUGUACUGGAAGGCAGCCAUGUUUAACGGAGCGGGAGGAGAGAGGACCGGAUUCGUCUCUGUUCACUCCUUCAUCGCUACCUGGAGAAAGUUGUUACAUAGUUGCUAUGACGAUUCGUCUAAGUUUAUCUACCUCCUAGCGAAGCCUGGCUGUUCCUACCUGGACCAGGAGGACUUCAUACCUUUAUUACAGGACAUAGUGGACACCCACCCGGGACUGACGUUCUUGAAGGAUGCCCCAGAAUUCCAUUCCCGUUACAUCACCACCGUGAUUCAGCGGAUAUUCUAUGUGGUCAACCGCUCGUGGACGGGUCGUAUCACAAUGACGGAACUACGCAGGAGCAACUUCCUGCAGACCCUGGCCCUGUUGGAAGAGGAGGAUGAUAUCAACCAGAUAACAGAUUAUUUCUCUUAUGAGCAUUUCUAUGUGAUCUACUGUAAGUUCUGGGAGUUGGACACGGACCACGACCUUUACAUUGACCCUAAGGACCUGGCUCGUUACAACGACCACGCAUCCUCAAGCAGAAUCAUUGAGAGGUUGUUCUCAGGAGCCGUUACACGGGGUAGCUCAGUGCAGAGAGAAGGGAGGAUGAGUUAUGCAGAGUUCAGCUGGUUCCUCAUCUCAGAGGAAGACAAGAAAAGCCCUACAAGUAUAGAGUACUGGUUCAGGUGUAUGGACACAGAUGGGGACGGUGUGUUGUCUAUGUUUGAGUUGGAGUACUUCUAUGAGGAGCAGUGUAGUAGGAUGGAGGGGAUGGGCAUUGAACCCCUACCCUUCACAGAUCUGCUCUGUCAGAUGCUAGACCUUGUCAAACCUGAAUGCCAAGGUAAGAUAACCCUGUCUGAUCUGAAGAGGUGUAGGAUGGCUCAUAUAUUCUUCGACACGUUCUUCAACCUGGAGAAAUACCUGGACCACGAGCAGAGAGACCCCUUUGCUUUGCAGAAGGACAUAGACAAUGAGUGUCCAGAGCCUUCAGACUGGGAUAAAUACGCUUCAGAGGAGUAUGAGAUCCUGGUGGCGGAGGAGACAGCUAACGAACAGCUGCAUGAGGGGACGUUUGAUGAUGACUAUGAGGAGGCGGAGCUUCCUGUUCAAGGAGAGAUGGUUGGGAAUAAGAUGGAUAAGCUGCUCAUAUCAGAUCUGUCAGCAUGAAAUUCCCAAAGCCUGGAAUACCGCUCCCUUCUCCUUGGAUAUACAGGAGACAGGGGAGAGAGGAAGAGGGAUGGACGGGGAGAAAUUGGUAAAAAGCUAAAGCGAUGGAGGACUCCAAACUCUCUCAGCUUCUCCUUUCAUACACAGACAGGGACAGAAGAAAUGGUGAGAAGACAGAGGGAUGGACUGAACGAGAGAGAGGAUGGACAGAACGAGAGAGAGGAUGGACUGAACGAGAGAGAGGAUGGACUGAACGAGAGAGAGGAUGGACAGAACGAGAGAGAGGAUGGACUGAACGAGAGAGAGGAUGGACUGAACGAGAGAGAGGAUGGACAGAACGAGAGAGAGGAUGGACUGAAUGAGAGAGAGGGUGGAUUGAACGAGAGAGAGGAUGGACUGAACGAGAGAGAGGAUGGACAGAACGAGAGAGAGGAUGGACAGAACGAGAGAGAGGAUGGACUGAAUGAGAGAGAGGGUGGAUUGAACGAGAGAGAGGGUGGACAGAACGAGAGAGAGGAUGGACAGAAGGAGAGAGAGGAUGGACAGAACGAGAGAGAGGAUGGACAGAACGAGAGAGAGGAUGGACAGAAGGAGAGAGAGGAUGGACAGAACGAGAGAGAGGAUGGACAGAACGAGAGAGAGGAUGGACAGAACGAGAGAGAGGAUGGACAGAAGGAGAGAGAGGAUGGACAGAACGAGAGAGAGGAUGGACAGAACGAGAGAGAGGAUGGACUGAACGAGAGAGAGGAUGGACAGAACGAGAGAGAGGAUGGACAG